GCUACACAGUCACGUGACCGCCACACGCAGACAUACCAACUGUCACCGUUAAUACACAGCAUUAAUUGUUGUUAUUACAUAUUGAGGAGAGCACAACGGACAUAGUACCACCCGUAGUCUGCACUCGUCUACACGAGACAGAUAAAUGGCUGCCGUUGCUGUAAGACGCCGGCUCUCUGUCUGGACCCUCCAUAUUGAUCUGCUCCCCCCAACCACUCCACCCACCCCACUCCACUCAUCCCACCACAACUCUAACGGUUCACCUCCUCCUCCACUGAGCUUCUCAACCUCUCCUGCUGCCGGCAAUGGAGGUUCCCCACACUGACCACUGAAGUCUCUGUCUGAAGGCUUCAACGCCCGGAUGUUGCCUGACGCAGGAGCCUGAAGGCUUCAACACCCGGAUGUUGCCUGACGCAGGACCCUGAAGGCUUCAACACCCGGAUGAGGCCGAGGUGGCUGCUGGGUCAGUGAUGUCCGCACAGCGGGAUGUGCAGCUGGCCGAGGACUUCCUCAAGCACAGUAUAGCGCAGUGUGUUACUAAACAUGACUCACAGCUCGCUCUUCUGUGUCUGGAGCAAGGCGAAGACCCUCACAUCCGCUGUGUUAACACCGGCCGCACGCUUUUUCACCUGGUUGCCAUGAGCGCCAACCCCAUGACGGAGGUGAAGUUCGUGCCCCUGGUGUACGUGCUCUCCAACGCGGGUGUCGACCUUGACAUCGCGGACUUCCAUGACGUCACUGCCCUGCAGCUGUCCAUCAGGUACGGCUUGCUGGAGGUCAUGACGUCCUUGUUAAAGUGCGGGGCGGAGGUCAGGGGUCACGAAGAGAAACUGGCCGAACGUCACUGCCAACUUUUUGUCGCUGAGUUCGUCUCCGUCCUGAGAAAACUGUCUCCCGGCUACUGGCACCUGGUCCAGCAGAACAAAACCUUUGCCGUCAACGUGUUGGUCAAGUCGUGGUGUCGCAUCAACGUGUCGCGCCAGGGCCAGUCACUCAUCGAGUUCGCCAGGCAGACGCCGGACGUGGACCCCAAGCUGCUCAAGCACCUGGUGGACAACGAGGCGUCCAUCGAGGUCGCCCACGCCGUCAUGGCGGGCGAUGGUCAGCGCGUGCAGUUCCUGCUGUGCAACCAGGCGGUGGACCUCCACACUAGCGACCUCUCCCACAAAGAGAACUUCUUCCAGCCCUUCCAUCCCCUGACCCUGUACGGUGCUGCCCUCAAGUAUGGCCACAAGCACCUGCUGCCCCUGCUGAGGAAAGACGCCAUCUACAGGCCAAGCAAGGCCGACGACACGAUGAAGGCGAGCAGCGAUGACCGACAACGACAUCAGUCACACGACAGCGGCUUCUCCACGUCCGCAGUCUGCGUUGUCUUGUAGGGGGCGCUGCUGCCAGCCAAACUGCGCUGUGACGUGUCGUGAAAUAACCUUAGUGGUUACGUCACGUGGUGGUGCUGACCACUAGGCUGGCUGUGGUGAUGACGUAACGACUGAAGGUUAGGUGCCCUGACCCUAACCGUCAUCAUGUUUAUCUCAGGCAAAAUGCCGCGGACUUUCGGCGCGUGCGUGCUUGCGUGCGAGUGAGCGCACGUGUGUGUGUGUGUAUUUGUGAGCCUCUGUGUGAGUGUUGUGCACGUGUUUGCGGGUAUCUGUGUGUGUGUGUCACCUGUUCAUGUAAUCUCGUGCUGCGUGUGUGUCGUGCACGUGCGUGCAACAGAAAGAUUUGUUUUCGGU